AUGGGCAAUGGUUUUCCACACGGUCCCGAUUCCCGAACAGCAUUUUCACAUCAUCACACUCCAUCGUCGCUAGGAUUCCAGACCUUGGCGGAUGAGGCUGUGCUGCUGGCUCUCGCCGGCGCCGCCCUGCUCCUGCUCGGCGUGGCCAGCGGGCAGCAGCAGCAGGCCGGCAGCGUGCCGUCGACCAUCACGCGGGAGGCGUUCGAUUCCAUGCUGAGCGGCCGCAACAUGAGCGGGUGCGAGGGAGGCGCCUUCUACACCUACGACGCGUUCCUGGAGGCGGCCAACGCGAGCGUGUUCCGUGGCUUCGGCACCACCGGCGACGACGCGACCCGCCGGCGGGAGCUCGCCGCCUUCUUCGGGCAGACCUCCUUCGUAACCACCGGCUACUGCUACGUGAAGGCGGUGAACCGGGCGAGCGCGCCCUACUACGGCCGAGGCCCCAUACAGCUAACCACCGAGGACAACUACCGGCAGGCAGGGAGGGUGCUGGGGCUGGACCUGCUGCGCAACCCGGACCUCGUGUCCACAGACCCCGCCGUCGCCUUCAAGACGGCCAUCUGGUUCUGGAUGACGGCGGCGGCUCCGAGCCCGUCGUGCCACGCCGUGAUGACCGGCGGCUGGACGCCGUCCGCCCAAGACCGCCACGCGGGGCUGCUCCCCGGGUACGGCAUGACCACAUACAUCCUCAACGGCGGGACGGAGUGCAACGAGACCUCCGCGGCGGCCCAGGACAGGGUCAACAACUACUACAAGAAGUACUGCGACAUCCUCCAAGUGGGGUAUGGUAACAACACCUUCUGUCAGAAGGACGAGCUAGCUCAGCCACCAUCGUCGUCUCUGCAUCCUCCUCCAGAAACGUCGGGAGAACCUUCGCCUCCGCCUCCGUCAAGGGCGGUUCUGAUCGGCGUCUCUAGUUCAAUCUCCCUCUUGAUCAUUAUCGGCUCCUUGAUCGGUUUCCUUUUAUGGCGGCGGCGACGGCGAAAGCAAGGUGAAAUCCACGAGGAAGCAAUGGAGCAUGGGUCAGAAGAGGAUAACUUCUUCGACAUUGACCAGGCCAUGGAAGACGAUUUCGAGAAAGGCUCCGGGCCCAGGCGGUUUAGUUACAAGGAUCUGGUCGUCGCCACCGGCAAUUUCUGUGAUGAGAACAAGCUCGGACAAGGAGGCUUUGGCUCCGUGUACAGAGGGUUUCUGAAUGAAUUGAACCUUCAAGUUGCUAUCAAGAGGAUCUCCAAGGACUCCAAGCAGGGGAGGAAGGAGUACGCCUCUGAGGUGAGGGUCAUAAGCCGGCUCUGGCACAAGAACCUCGUGCAGCUCAUCGGCUGGUGCCACGAAGGCGGCAAUCUGCUCCUCGUCUACGAGUUGAUGCCCAAUGGCAGCCUCGACGGGCAUCUGUACGACGCCAAUAACGUCGUGCUCCCAUGGCCCUUAAGACAUGAGAUUCUGCUCGGACUAGGCUCGGCGCUUCUCUACCUACACCAGGACUGGGACCAAUGCGUCCUGCAUAGGGACAUCAAGCCAAGCAACAUUAUGCUAGACUCGUCGUUCAAGGCAAAGCUCGGUGACUUCGGGCUCGCCAAGCUCGUCCAACAUGGCCGAAGAUCACUGACAACAGAUUUCACAGGCACGAUGGGGUACAUGGAUCCAGAGUGCAUGACCACUGGCAAGACCAAUCCCGAGUCAGAUGUAUACAACUUCGGUGUCGUCCUCCUCGAGACUGCUUGCGGCAGGCGGCCUGUGGUGGUACCCCAGCCGGAGGAGGAUGACGCGGUCCACCUAGCUCAGUGGGUCUGGGAUCUGUAUGGCAAGGGGAGGAUUCUAGACGCCGCCGACCAGCGAUUGGGUGGAAAGUUUGAUGCCCAGGAGAUGGAGCGUGUGAUGAUUGUUGGGCUCUGGUGUUCUCAGCUCGACUUCAAAAUGAGACCGUCUAUCAGGCAGGCUGUAAACGUGUUGCGGUCAGAGGCGUCGCUCCCGAGUCUCCCUACGCUGAUGCCGAUUGCAUAUUACAUGCCGCCGGUUGGCACACGAAGAUUUACAUCUUCAUCUGCAACAAACGGCAGCAGCAGUGGCACUUCUACAUCAUCAAUGGGAGCAUCAGCGCGGCCACCACUCAGUCAAGAUUGA